AACAGUUCUGCGCGCGUCCUCGUGAAUAAGGAAAUAUGGCGGCGCUCACGCCUCUCAGUCAGUUACCAAGUGGAAAUGCUUCAUAUGAGAACUUCUACAAACAGGUUGAUCCUGGAAACACAGGGAAGGUUGACGCUGCGGAGGCCGCUCAGUUCUUGAAGAAAUCAGGACUAUCAGACAGCACGCUUGGUCAGAUUUGGGAUUUAUCAGAUCCAGAGAGAAAAGGUUACCUUGAUAAACGAGGUUUCUUUAAUGCUUUGAGGCUGGUAGCGGCAGCUCAAGGAGGAAGUGAGGUCAAUCUGAACAGUUUGAGCAGAAAUGUCUCAUCACCUGUUCCUACAUUUAGAGAUGCUGGCAGUCCGUCUCUGAACACCACAACAUCUGCUGGUGACUCAAGCUGGGCAGUAAAGCUGGAAGAUAAAGCAAAGUAUGAUGGGAUAUUUGAGAGCCUCUCUCCGGUUGGUGGGCUGCUGUCGGGUGAUAAAGUUAAACCUGUUCUCAUGAACUCAAACCUGCCUCUUGACGUGCUCGGAAGGAUUUGGGAUCUCAGUGAUAUUGACAGAGAUGGACACUUGGAUAAAGAUGAGUUUGCUGUGGUGAUGCGCCUGGUAUAUGCAGCCAGAGAGAAGGAACCUGUGCCAUCCACCCUCCCUCCAACCCUUAUCCCUCCAUCCAAACGGAAAAAGAUUCCUGGUGCCCUCCUGGGAUCGGUUCAGGUUCUUCCCUCCAGUCCGUUCCUCCUGAAGGAGAGCCUUCGAUCCGUGCCGGUCCUCGCCAUCAAUCCACUCGUCAAUCUCUCUCCAUCAAACUCAUUCAAGAGAUCCACCCCAACACCACCCCUGCAACCGCAAACGCACACACAGGCCUCCUCUGAGCACUGGGUGGUGCCGGCGGAUGACAGAGAUCAAUAUGAGGAGAUCUUUGACUUAGCAGACUCUGACUUUGAUGGUCUGGUCGGAGGAGGUGAGGUGAAGGACAUCUUCAUUAACUCUGGCCUGCCACAGAGUGUCCUGGCACACAUUUGGUCUCUGGCUGACACUAAGAGUGCAGGCAAACUCACUAAAGAGCAAUUCUGCCUGGCUAUGUUUCUCAUUCAUGAGAAGGUGAAAGGAGUGGAUCCUCCUCGGAGUCUGACCCCUGACAUGAUCCCACCUUCAGAGAGAGGAGCUGCCAGCACGCCUGUUCUAUCUGGAUUCACAUCAUCAGUCGGAUCUGAAUUGGCUCCGUUUACCAGUUUGAACAGGGACAGCGGCUCUUCUGCUGGCUUGGUUGAGCUGACAGGAAUCAAGGAUCUCGAUGACAUCGGCAAGCAGAUCUCACAACUGCAAAGUGAAAAACGCACUUUAGAGGCUGAAAUAAGGCAGAAGGAGGAAGGUCUGCGACAGAAGAACAGUGAAGUCCAGGAGGUACAGCGAGAACUGGAGCGUGAGAACGUCGGUCUUCAGGAUCUAGAGCACCAGAAGCGAGACGCUCAGGAUCGACUGCAUGACAUGAAACAGCAGAGAUCUAAACUGGAGAGCACGCUGGACGAGACCAAGAGCAAAUGGCAAGAGGAAAAUGCCAAGAUCUCAUCUCUACAGGCUCAGAUCUCAUCUCAGGAGUCCGAUGUGCAGAUGCAGGAGAAGGAGGUGAACCGAACGAAGAUGGACCUCUACUGUAUGGAGCAGGAGGAGAAACGGCUGGAGGACAGCCUGCAUGCUGGCAAAACCAAACUAGACAGCAUAAUCAAACUUCUGAAAACAUCACAGGACGAGAUGGACCAGACACGCGGCGAGCUCAGUGACAUUCAGGAGGCACAACAAGAACUCAAUAAAACCAUUGAGCGCUGCACCAAAGCUCUCAAUGAAAGUGUGACUAGUCUGGCGGAGCUUGACCAACUGAUCGCUGAGGAAAGCUCCAGUACAGAUGAUAAGGAGUCGUCUCUGGUUAAGUCCAGGAUGGCCAUGUUUAACAGCAGUGCCUCUCAAAACCUGAACACAGACCCAUUCCAGAGUGAAGACCCCUUCAAAAGUGACCCCUUCAGUAAAGCUGAUCCGUUUGGAGUAGAUCCGUUCCAGCAGAGCGUCCCAUUCGACAAUCCGUUUACAAACUCUGAUCCAUUUGCUGAAAGAUCCCCAAGCAACUUCAAGCCCAUCUCCUUCAGAAGAAACAGCAGCCAGACGUCUGUGAGUCCCAAACCUAAAGACUCAGAUCCAUUCGGUACGUCAGACCCGUUCAGCAGCAACACGUUCGGAGAGAAAGGCGGCUUUGCAGACUUCUCUCACAUGUCAAAGGGAUCAAGCUUGGAGCCGAUAGGUCGAAAGCCGACGUACCCUCUACCACCACCAAAAAAACCUGGACCACAGAGACCAGCGCCACCCCCUUACGGGUCAGAACAUGUAACGGUAAGGUAAAACAAAGGUCUGAAGACCACAUCUGAGCACUCUGCAUCUGUUUGUGUUAAACCGUAUCACACCUGCUCCACCCUCCCGGCGUGCUCACCGAUCCCUUUCACAAAUCACUAUGAGAAAUCAAACAAAAUAUUGACACGCUUCAAAACAUCCUCGGCAAAUGUAAACCCCAGUGCUUCAACCGCAGUGUGAAAGAGGAAAGCUUAAAUAUUGUUUGGCUCAUUGUGUUGAGAUCUAUUUUUAAGAUUAAGACCAAUAUGUUUGUGUAUGUUUAAAUAAAAUGUAAAACAUGUGGGUGUUAUUGCCCUAGAGAUGACAAAUAUCUAAGCAAGUUUAAUUCAUUUUAAAGAAACAAGCGCAUGCACAGUUUUAAAGAAAAUAGAUUUAUUGCGGUGGGUUGAAAUGAUAUAACAAUAGACAUAGUAAUCAACACAGAGAAAAUAAGUUUUUGGACACUCAAAGGAAUCGUUUAACGAAAAAUGUCAAAUCUGUCAUAAUUCCUUCAUCCGAACAGAAAAGAAGAUAUUUUGAAGAACUUCAAUAAACAAACAACAUUGGACCCCAUUGCCUUCCAUUGUAUGAGCACAAAACCAGCAAGACAUAUCUCAAAAUAUCUUCUUUUGUGUUCCACUGAAGAAAGAGUCAAAUACAGAUUUACAAACCCAUGAGGGGGAAUAAAUGAUGACUUAAUUUUAACACUUUUUUUUAACAAUUUUAACACAGCAUUUCAAACCCUGCAAUCAUUAUAAUACACUUGAAUAUUUGGUUAAUUAAUGCAAUACCAAUAAUAUAAUACGGCUCAACUGUAUGCUGUAAUAUAUGAUUCCUUUUUUAUAUGAAUCAGAAAGUUUCUUUAAGAUCUCAUAAAGGAGAUUCUCAGUAAUGCUUCAAUCAUUACACUUUGUUUUGGGUCACUGGUUUGUAUUACAUUUGUCUGGAGCUUAACAACUUCUUUGCUUUCAAUCCCUUGUUCUGCAGCAGUAAAUAUGAUCUCGUCAUAUGAGUUUUUUUUGUCAGAUAUCACAUUAGAUGAAGUGCACUUUUUCUCCAUAUUACUUGUGCAUGUGUUAAUGUUUAAUUGCUUUUUAUGUUAUUUGGGAUUUUAUAUGUACCCAACGAUUAGGGUCAGUGUGACAUAAAACAUUGAUGGAUAUGAUAGAUAAAAUUAUAAAUCAAUAAAUGAUGAACAACAUCAUAAUGAUCAUUUUCAAACUGCAAACCUUUUGUAUGUUUUUCUAUGAAUUGGUUAAAACUGAUGUUUUAAUCCAAAAACAGAUUAAUUCUGUUUAUUACCAUAUAAAUACAAAAUAAUUAUUAAUGAAUUAAAUAAAGAAUUUAUAGAUAGAAGGAAAAAAUGACAUUUUGUAGUCCUAGCUCUAUCACCCAGGCCUGUGUGUAAUCUUAUACAGUGUAAUUGCAUGUGUGAUGUUU